CCUACUCCACGGCUUCGUCUCACAACCCUACGAAUCCAACUCCAAGUUUGCAUGCAUUCUUACCCUUUUCCCUCCCAACAAAGCAAUCCUUCCUAGUUGCUGCCCUCAUUGCAUUUUCACCACCAUGGCAAGACGAAUAGGACCUUGUGUUAAUUUCUUUCAUCCGCCUCUGUGAGCUUUCUUGGUGUAUCGUAUGAAGCAUCGAUCGAAUUGCUUGCCAUUUGAAGCACACUAAUCAGCAAGAUUUGACUCGCCAGAGAAAUUGUGGAUCCUCCGUUCAUGGAAGACGACGGCAUGGAUUUCAGCCCUCAGAAAAAUAGUAACGAUCAUGAGCGCGACAGCUUCGAAGACGAUGAAUUCGUCGACAUCCAAUCUGCAACCUCCAAAUCAUCUGCUCAUUCGCAAGUCCCUACGGACAAGAAGCCGAAGCCCAAGCCCAAGAACAAACCAGAGCAGGCCGAGAAACCCAAUACGGCCAAUGUGAACCAAGCUGCUGCUACUAUGAGCAGCCCUGCGCCGGCCCAAACAUCCGAAACAGCGGCGACGAGCGCGAACAAUCAUACUAAUACUGAACCCGUGGUAGGCAAUGGCAUCAGUUUGGACAGCAGCCGCAGCACCCGUAGCAGCAGCCUGGAGAGCAGCAUCAGCUCGGUUUCGGCGGCGUCGUCAACGGCGCCGGCGCAGGUGAAGCGGCACACUGGCGGGGACAGCCGUUGGGAGGCGAUCCAGCAGGCGACGGCCCAGGAGACGGCCCUGAACUUGGGCCACUUCCGGCUGCUGAAGCGGCUGGGCUACGGCGACAUCGGCAGCGUGUACCUGGUGGAGCUCCGCGGCACGUCGGCCUUCUUCGCCAUGAAGGUGAUGGACAAGGCGUCGCUGAUCAGCCGGAACAAGAUGGCCCGAGCGCAGACGGAGCUCGAGAUCCUGGGCCUCCUCGACCACCCUUUCCUCCCCACCCUCUACACCCACUUCGAGACCGACAAGUUCUACUGCCUCGUCAUGGAGUACUGCAGCGGCGGCAACCUCCACUCCGUCCGCCAGAAGCAGCCAACCAAGCAUUUCACCGAGCAAGCCGCCAGGUUCUACACAGCUGAGAUACUGCUCGCGAUGGAAUACCUGCACAUGCUGGGGAUCGUGUACAGGGAUCUGAAGCCGGAGAACGUGCUGGUGAGGGACGACGGCCACAUCAUGCUGUCGGACUUCGACCUGUCGCUGCGGUGCACCGUCUGCCCGACGCUCGUCAAGUCGUCGUCGGUGCACAGCAACAGCGGAAUCGGCGUCGGCGGCGCCGGCACCGGUUCGAGCUCCGGCGAGGGCGGCGGCGAGGGCCUGGGUCCCAACCAGGGGUGCGUCCAGUCGUCGUCGUCCUUCUUCCCGCGCAUCCUGCCGCGCCGUAGCCGGAAGGCGUCCAAGAGCGACGUGCAGAGCCUCAACGCGGCGUCCGCGGUGGAGUUCAACGCGGAGCCGACGGAGGUGCGGUCCAUGUCGUUCGUGGGCACGCACGAGUACCUGGCCCCGGAGAUCAUCCGCGGCGAAGGGCACGGCAGCGCCGUGGACUGGUGGACGCUGGGCAUCUUCCUCUACGAGCUGCUGCACGGCACCACGCCCUUCAAGGGCGCCGGCAACCGCGCCACGCUCUGCAACGUCAUCGAGCAGCCGCUGCGGUUUCCCUCCGACUUCGGGGGCUCGGUAGCAGGGGGCGCAAGCUCCGUGGCGAGGGACCUCAUCCGAGGGCUCCUCGUGAAGGAGCCACAGAAGCGGAUCGCCUUCACCAGGGGCGCCACGGAGAUCAAGCAGCACCCCUUCUUCGAGGGCGUCAACUGGGCGCUGGUCAGGUCCAUGGCGCCGCCGUCGGUGCCGGAGCCGGUGGACUUCCGGCAGUACGCGGCUGCUGCCAGUGGCAAGGAAAAGAAGGCGACGGACAGCGCUGGGGGCAAGUCCAGCACCGGCGAUCAACCACAGUCUGAUUUCGAGUAUUUCUAGGAUUGUUGACACUUGACUUGGGACUGGCAUUAGAUCGCUUGACUUCUGAUCCAACUUCUGAGAGAUAUAUACGCUUCACCAACUGUGAUGCACUAAUCAAGAUGAAAAUAUAGUAGUGAACUAGUGAUUUUCACGGCCUGUCAGCCUUUUGUAAUUUUUUCUUCAACACGGUUUCUGUAUGCACAACUCUGAUCGAAAUAUAAAUUGCCGCAGCUCAUCCA